AUGGGGGUCGCGUCGCGAGGGCACGGAGAGCAAGCGCCGCUGCUCGCCAACCGCGGCGGCGACGCGUCCGCUUCCGCUUCCGACAGCGAGACGCCGCGGGGUGGGGGCAGGUCGUCCAGGAGCGGCGGCGGCGGCGGCGGCGGCGCGACCGCGGUGUGCUUCUCGGUGUCCAUGAUAUUCGCCGGGUUCAUCGUGCUCAUCGUCGGGGCCUACUCCAGCUCGAUAUACGGGUUCAUCACCGGCGCGUUCGUCGACGGCGUGACCGCGGGGGCGACGUACCAUCCGUCAACCGAGCAGGUGACCAUACAGGACAGGGCGGCGGUCGUGGCGGUCACGAUGGCGGGCGGCUCCGAGGAUUACGAGGAUCUCGACGACCUGUCGCACUCGCCCAAGACGCCGCUCGACGCUCAGAUGGAGGGCGAGGGCUUCUCCAAAGGCUACCGCGAGCACUACCACCUGCAGGACAAGGACCACCAGCAGUACACCGGGAGCGCCACGCCGUGGAAGGAAGACACCGGCGGAGCGGGCGCGGAGUAG